AUGACUAUCGAGAAAUCCGAAAAGGCUAAUGACUUUGUUGCGAAAUUGAAAGCUGACGGUUCUGAAAAGGACUUCUAUGAUUUGGGAAAAGUUUACAAGGAUUACAAAAAUAUUUUAACUGAUUUACCUGCAAAAGACAAAGGAACCUUCUCGCUUAAUGUGUUAUGUAUACUCUGCAGAAAUUUAGAUAAAGUUCCAGUAUGGCGUGACAAAAUAUCCAACAAGGAGCUGCUAGAGUUAUGUAUAGAUUGCUUGAGACAAACGAGAGCCCUAAACAAACCUGAACAAGUGAAGACACUAGCAUGUGUGUAUCACAUUCACAGGCAUAUUAUUCGACAGAAUACGUCAAUACCUCCUGAGCUUAUGCUGAAGCUAUCAUAUAUGCCGUUUGAAGUCAGCGGUGAUUGUCUCCUGAAAGAAUACUGCAAAACUUAUUGGAGCAUACUUGCAGACCGUUUUGUGUACAUAGAGAAAUUGAAAUCCAGCCGGCUGGCUAUAGUUAAACUAUUACCAAAGUUGACCGAAGAUAUUGCAACUAUCAUUAGUUUGUAUGACCCUGUUCAAUUCUGUGCAAACGUUUUACCAUUUGUUAUCAAAAAAUUGCAUACACUUUACAGUGAUAAUUGUUUCAAGGAAGUAAGAGAGACUUAUAAUAAUAUUUUAGGGUGUAUUGCUUCCAAAAAUAACCUGAAAUCAUUCAAAAAUGCAACGGAAAAAGAAACAUUGGAUUUGUAUAUAAAAUUUAAUGAAUGUUUAUAUGUUAUAGUUGAGAAUGAUUCGAGAUCACAUUUUAAGGAUUCUAAAAUUUAUUGUGUCAUGAGGACUAUGAUGUAUAUGUUCGAGCACAACUCCGACAUAUUCCACUGCUUUCAAACGAUCUAUUUAAAUUGCUUUUGUUGCUUGUUCGAUGAUAAAGUGAACUCAUCCUAUAUGGAAACAGCGUUACAAAGUCUUCAACUAUCCUGCGAGACUACAGAAAAACUGGGAUAUCAAAAAGCGAUGUAUGCUACAUAUCCCUUUGUCGCACAACUUUUAAGACUUUUUAUAGAAUAUUUUGUAACUAACUGCGAUACCAAAAAAUGGGAUGAUAAUUUUGAUGUACAAUUGCAAGAGCAUUGCUUGAAACUGAUUUUAUUUUUGGUAAAAAAACUAAGUAAAACCCAGCAGCUUGCUAAAUGCGAGAACUGUACUGCAAAAACUGGCUUACAUGAUGCACUGCGCCUGACAUUCCUUGUCAGACACUUCGUAAUUAUAUCCAUAAAUCAGCAAUUAAAUAUUACACAUAUUCUACCAUCCUUUUAUGAAGUGGUCAAGUUACAGUAUAUCAUUUUAACGGAACUGAACAAGCUUGGUUGUUCGAACCAGAUGAAAUGCCUCAAGAAGUUACAAACCGACAUACAUAACACGGCAAUCACAUUAAAUAAGGCCCAAUACUAUGAGUUCUCUAUAAAAUUAUUUGAUCUGUACCUCAAAUAUGAAAUAUGCUAUAUGGAAAAUGACUCCGAAUUCAAAAAUAUUGCCAGGGCUCUAUACAAUAAAAGUAUCAGUGAACUCGAUUGUAAAUUAUAUGAAAAUGGAAUAAGGAGCGCUUACUUGAGUUUAGUUUUCUCUGAAACGGACGGGUUGACGUCUGAAAAGUAUAUGAGCUUGGUGAUGGAUAUUAAAGCUAAAGCAUUGAAGAAGUGCGAAGAAGAGAGUGGAACAGAAGGUAAUCAAGAAGACUUGCAGACAAUGACGGUUUUAAGAGCAUGUCAGUCAUUAGAGGAAAAUAAUGAUUAUGGCAAUUUGAAGCCAUUCUUAUCUACAUUAAAAUUUAGCACUCUUCUGAAACACGAGUUCUCCAUGUAUGUGAAACUUUGGCCUUCGAUAGUCCCCAUAGCAGGAGUCUGGACUUCGUUGAAACAACUCUUGAAUCGAGAGCACAGUUCCUGGCUUACAGUUGAAAGCGAAGAAACAUUACUCUGGACUCUGUAUGAAGUUAUGCUGGAGACACCGACGGCUGUUAGGACUAUUCAUUCUGAACACUACAAAACUGUUGUUGCUGAAGAGUUGGAGAGAUUCAAUAAAAAACCAGCAGAGAAAUUCGAAGAGAGAGCAGUGCACGCAACGCUGCUGUUCCUCCAGUCUGAAUAUGAUAUAGCGGAAGCCACUGAGAAGUACGGUUGGAAGGCUACAGAACCGAUCCUGGACCCUGAUCAAGCGCAAGUGCUCAGAACUCUGCCACAGGAGCAUCAAGCUCUGCGUUGUGCUGUACAGGCUGUGCACAUUUGGACUGAAAUAUUACCUCGGUUAAAUGCUGCUCCGGUAACACCACUUCUCCACCACUGCUUGCAAAUCGCCGAAGUAUUCGUCCAGCAGUUCCUCCACACGUAUCGCCACGUAUAUGGUCUCCAACUGGCCCAUGUCUGCUGCGAGCUGGCUCGUCAUAUUGAUGCCAAAGAAGCCUAUAUCCGAAACGCAGGAGUUAUUCUGCUCCAAGCAAGUAGACCAAGCGAUCGGAUCAACCACAUUAUAGCAUUGGCUACUACUUACUGGACUGAGCUGGUGAUGUCCAGGGAAUCUCUGGAGGCUGCACUGGUGUUUGCAUGCGAGCUGGCUAUGUAUUACGAUAAAUGGGGUUCAACCACAACUGCUGCCAAGUUGGUGCAAUUUGCCCAGGCUCGUCUUUUGGAUGCUUGGGAUAAACAUCCAAAUUUAAACAUGGACUUCGCGCUGGGUCGUCUAGUGGAGGCCCAGAGCCAACUGUGCAGGGAUUGUGGCCCGAGCACCAUGAGCUCCGUCAAUGCUAUACAGAGGCAUUUUGUAACCGUCACCAAUCCUGAAUCGCGAUGGUGCAAGCGCAGAUACCGCGGCGUGGCGCUAAAACGUAGCGUGUGCGGGGGCGGAGUCCUAGCAGCGGGUCUGGCGCGGGCGCUGCGCUUGUGGCGACGCGCGAGAAGUGCCGCGGCCGCAGCCCUGCCCGCCUGCAGCGCUCCGCUGGCAGCCAGCCUGCACGCCGCGCUUACCGACGGCAACCACGAAGACGCACAGAUUAAAAUCGACAACCGCAUAAAACACAUCCUGGGGUUGCAGCCAACAAACGAAAUUCAACCUUACUGCCAGCACGCAAACAGCAAAAUCGAACCUUUCACACCAAAAUACACGCCACUGGAGACAAUGCUGGAGAAUGGAGAGUUCAAAAAGGUCCAGACAAGCCCGUCCUUGCCGUGUAUUACAAUACCAACUUUUAAAAUGUCCGAAUUCCUCACACACGACAGAAAGUGCACUUGUUAUGCGUGCGAGGCGCCAUAUUCCUUAAUUCUAGCAUUCCAGACGUGCACCCUGGAAGCUUCCAUGUACUACCGAAGCAAAGAGUUCGAAAUCGCUAGAAGUUACUUCGCCGGCGCUUCUGAAGCGUUGAGAUUGUGCGAAGCGAAGUUGAACGAUUCAUUUCGAAACGCUUCGAAGAAAUUUCAAAAAUACAUCCUGGAUAUUGUUAAGGAUAUGUACAAUAGUGAGAUUAGAAAUAUUGAAGUGGAGAUGCUCAUUGAAGCAUCCUUCUUUGAACUGGCUCAAGAAAAUUAUGACUUGGUGAACGAUAAAGUUGUGAGAAUACAUGAAAUAAUGCAAGAAACCAAACUUAACCCAUAUUUGGCCAAUGAUGUGAACAACCUCCUGAUAGCAACAGCUAGACUUAGAAGAGUGUUCAAGAAGCAUGAAGAGAUUGGCUUGGAAGUGGAAAUGGAGAAUCUAAAACUGAGUCCGAACUCAGAACUCAUAAAGACACCGGAAACCAAAUACGUACCAGAAAAGAACACAAAUAAAGUUGUGAAGGACGAGGAAGUACCAAUUCUGAAACGGAAAGUAAUAAAACUGAAUCUAGAUGAUGAGAGUCCCGAUGAGAAGGAACUAGGCCAAGAAGUUAAGAAACAAGAAUUCAAAAUACCAGUUCCCAUUACAGCGAAGCCGGUUUUGGAGACCAUAACGCCAAGACCGAGCAGGACCAGACCGAAGGUGCUCAUCUCUCAGGCCACUGUGGACUGUGAGGUUACCACCCCGAGCUCAAACGUCAAUGAAAAAUUUUUCACACCCUGCGCCUCGACUCCUGGAGAACAGUUUUUCACUCCAAUGACAUCAUUCAAGACUUAUUCGAGAAAGCGGAGUGGCAUCGUGAAAAACUUGGAGAAUGAGUUCUCCACCCCCAAAGCUGCAGGCGAAAAGGAGAAUAUGGUAAAACCACCAGAGCAACCAAAGACGCGUGCCAAAGUCAAGGUGGACAGUGGAACAGUGAAGAAUCUGAGGGACAAGCGCAGUCUGAAGCGAGCCACCAGCCCGGGCAAGUUGUCCAACGAAACCACAGUCAGGUCUCGAGUGAGGCAGCCGGUGGGCUUGAAGGACUGA